ACGCGAUUCGCACCAGUCAAAGGCUACUGUAUGACUACAGCGUGCGCCGGAAUGAGGAGUCCACUUCUUGUUGGCCGCACUGUUGCGAACUCACCAUGACGCCGCGCUCCAUGCUGCUGCUAGUGGUAACCUGCCUCUGCGUUUGGAGCUUGGCACUCGCGCAAAAUGUCAACGAUUCACCAGUGCUGGAUGUGGAGUCCGAGGUGUAUUGCGAGGCGGCCACCGAUUGCCUGGCACAGGGUCUGAAGCACAAUACAUGCCGCGCCGGUGUCUGCGUAGAUGACGCUCUGUUCCCGCUGUCGCACGAAGAAAUCGCCGGGUCUAUCGGCGCGUUCGUGGCCACCAUCCUAGCCGCGGGAUCCGGCCUUGGUGGUGGUGGGCUGCUGGUGCCGCUGUACAUCAUGCUUAUGAGCAUGUCGUCACACGAGGCGGUGCCGCUCUCGAAAGCCACGAUCUUCGGCGGAGCCAUUGCCAGUUUCUUGCUAAAUGUACGGAAACGCCAUCCCUUGGUGCGUAGCCGUCCGCUAAUCGACUACGAGACAAUGUUGCUUAUGGAGCCCAUGACGCUGGCGGGCACCAUCAUCGGCGUCAACAUGAACGCAGUCUUCCCCGAGUGGCUCAUUACUAUCUGCAUUGUGUGGCUGCUAACCAAGACGGCUCUACGCACAUACAACAAGGGCAAAAAGAUCUGGAAGGAGGAAGCGGACGCGGACAAGAAGAUCGUAUCGGACAUUGUGGCAUAUUGGCGGUUGCUGCCGUACGAGUCGAACUUCAAGCAGUUCCAGGUUGUAGCACGAGCGUAUCUAAAGUGGAAGGUGUACAAGUCGCCUGAGAAAGAGGAGCUUCGACUGAAGAUUUUGGCAGACAAGGCCAGCAAUGAGGAGGAACACAGUUCAUCCAACACGACAGAGACGAGCACCGAGGAUGAGACCAGCAGUGACGAGAACGAAAGCGAGUCUUUGUUGAGUUGGGGACUGCAGGACAAGAGACCAAUGAAGUUUCUAUCAGUAGAGGAGAUCGCCAAGGCUCGACGCACUGUCCCGAUGGCGGACAUGGGCGUGCUGUUCUUGACGUGGAUUGGUCUCGUGCUGUUCUCGAUGGCGAAAGGUGGCCACGGUACACCAAGUGUCAUUGGCCUGUCGUGCGGAAGCAUUGGCUACUGGCUGCUGGUCAUCGUCUCGUUCCCGUUUUUCAUGAGCGUGACGAUCUACUUUGGUAUGAAGAUCAGUCGGUUCCACACGAUGCUACAGGCGUCUGACUACACGUAUGCAAAGGGAGAUAUGAUCUGGACGAAGUAUGCUGUCAUCAAGUACCCAGCGCUGUGCACCGCUGCCGGUGUAGCUGCUGGUCUCCUGGGUAUUGGAGGAGGUAUGGUGAAGGGUCCACUGUUGAUUGAAAUGGGACUGUUGCCGCAAGUGUCCUCAGCGACGUCGUCGUCCAUGAUCCUGUUCACGUCCUCUGCUACUACGAUUCAAUUCAUCAUCCUGGGCACGCUGUCGGUGGACCACGCGUUGUGGCAUGGAACGGUCGGUUUCGUGGCCGGUCUCAUUGGACAAUUGGGCAUGUCGUACUUGAUCAAGAAGUACCGCAAGUCGGCACUGGUGAUUUUCCUUGUCGCCGUCUUUAUUGGAGUCAGCGGCAUCGUCAUGGGCGUGUUGGGCGCAGUCCGCAUCUCGGAGAUUGGCUUUGGAGGCUUCCGGUCGUUGUGCCUCAGCGGCUGAGAUAUCUUUGUCGGGCUGCUACUUGUGCAACACCUCUCGUUACAUAAUAUAACUUAACCCCUUAACGUUUACAAACACGUCCACUUCUUGUCGCGCUAG